CCCCUUCUCGCGAGGUUUCGGCGCUGACGGGAGGCUGUGGCGGCUCGGCGGCGGGUGCGGGAUGCGCUCGGAGAAGGAGGGAGCCGGAGCCACCAGAGUGGCGGUUGCUACGCGAGGUCCGAGCGGGAGGGAGAAGCCGUCUCCCGCAGAAACCCAGUCCCGCCGGGAGUCUCCGCGGCGGGAUCCCGAAGCGCCGCCGGCUUCGUCCUCCGGCUGCGGGGGAGGCGCAGGCAAACCUCGCGAGGAAAAGAGGGCGGUCCUGAGCAAGGUGGUCAUCCGGCGGCUGCCUCCCGGCCUCACCAGGGAGCAGCUGGCGCAGCAGCUCCGGCCUCUGCCCGCCCACGACUACUUCGCCUUCUUUCCCGCGGACCUCAGUCUUUAUCCUCAUCUCUACUCAAGAGCAUACAUUAACUUUAGAAAUCCUGAUGACAUCCUUCUUUUUAGAGAUCGUUUUGAUGGAUAUAUCUUCGUUGACAGUAAAGGCGUAGAAUAUCCUGCAGUGGUAGAAUUUGCUCCAUUCCAGAAGAUAGCCAAAAAGAAGCUAAAGAAAAAAGAUGCCAAAACUGGAAGCAUUGAAGAUGAUCCAGAAUAUAAGAAGUUUUUAGAAACUUACUGUGUGGAGGAGGAGAAAACUAGUGCCAAUCCUGAAACUCUUCUGGGAGACAUAGAGGCAAAGACAAGAGAACUUGUUGCUAGAAGAACCACACCUCUUUUGGAAUAUAUUAAAAAUAGAAAAUUAGAAAAGCAGAGAAUUCGAGAAGAAAAGCGAGAAGAACGGAGGAGGAGGGAGUUGGAGAAGAAACGCUUACGGGAAGAAGAGAAAAGAAGGAGAAGAGAAGAGGAGAAAUGUGAAAGGAAAGCAGCAGAAAAACAGAAGAGAACUGCUGAGAAAGAAGUAAGGAUGAAGCUUCUCAAGAAACCAGAAAAGGGAGAGGAGCCAAGCACUGAGAAACCAAAAGAAAGAGGAGAGGAAAUUGACACCGGAGAUGGGAAACGGGAACCUGCCCCCGGCUCUGUAGUCGUGAAGUCCAGGCCCUUGGAGAGCUCACUGGAGGAGCUGAGGGAAAAGUCACAAAAUGACAGUGAUAUAGAGCAAAGGGAUAUGGAGAGAAGAUUCCGGGAAAAAGAACUUGAAGCACAAAGAUACUACUUGGAUGACAGCAGAAAACAUAGAGCUCACUAUGAGUUGGACAAGUUUUCAGGAAGAAGCGAAGAAGAGACAAAAUGGGGGAAGGGAUUCACCCCAGUCAGAGGGAAGAAAGGCAGCCAGGACGGAGGCGGCCCCGUGGAGGCAGCAGAGAGACCAGGAAGGGAGAAGAGUGAAGAUGGACUGGCACCCGAAAAGGAGCGCGUGGGAAACAAGGACCGGCCAGGCUUGCAGCUGUACCGGUCCAGAGCUCGCAUCCGAGCCCGUGAAUGUGAUGGAAGACCUGCUGAGGAGGUCCGUGACAGGAGGAGGGGUGAGGCAGAAGAUUCAACAGGGGCCGGAGCUGAGAAGAGCAAAGAGGCAGAGUGAGUCAUUGUGCAUGUUGGUGCUGUGGGUGCUCCCACCCGCACUCUGUGGAUUAGAGAGGCUGUUCCUUCCAAAAGUGUAUAAAUCAACUUGGAGUAAAACCAGCAAGGUAAAUUUACUUCUUAUAAAGAAACAGGAAACUAGAACUAUAAAGGUGGCGUAGAAAUAUCUAGAAACCAUGCUUAAGCGAUCUUUUAAAAGUGUGAACAGUUGCAGAUGUUACCAUUUUUGAUAUAAACGAGUAUAUAUAAUUUAGCCAAAGCAGAAGAAAGCAGAAAGGUAUGACCAAAACCAUAAGAAAACUAGUGGUAUAUGGGUGUGAAUUCUGAAGCACUUUAAACAUGUUGUAGAAAUAACUUGGACUUUGAGUUUUACACAUUUGUAAGUCAGUGAUCUGUAUUUCAUGAUUUUUGUUGGUUUUCUGUGAGCUGUAGUUUCUGGAAAGUGAGCAGCUCUCAUUCCUUACAAGCCUCGUAAUUCAGUCAUUUAAUGCACCUUCUCUCGUAAGGAUUCGAUGAAGUCUUGUGCUGUAGCCCCUCUGAUAGGAACUUUAACACCGUAUAAAGCCCAGCAGCUUUCAUUGUUGCCCGUUUCACAGUAUGGCCACUGAAUUAACAAAGAUAGUUCCAGUCUUUUGAUGGAGUGCUUGUGGUUUAUGACAUAAGUGGCAUUAUUUUGAGAGAGGGCUAGCUUAGGUAUGCCAUUUGGGGUUUUUCUCUUUGCAGUCUGAAGCAGUUUUAAAAUAACAACGUAGCUUUCUGCAACUGUGUAUUCUACAGUAUUUUUUCCUUUCAGUGAAAUUUUUAAAUGUUAAUGCUUUAGGCACUGUGCUUAAAUAAAAUUUUUAGUUGCUAUGAAUUUGAAUUCCAGUUAUAGUACUUUUCCUAUAUAGAAUUUUCUGUAAUAAAAUACUGCUUUUUAAAGUGUAGCUUUAAUCAUCUGAAUAUUUUGCUAAUUAUAUCUAUUCCUUAUAAAAUAUAAAAUGUUUAUCAAGAAACGGAGGCUUAUUUAUUAACAGACUUCUAUGACUGCUGGGCAUACAGUCAGUCUCACAGCGUUGCUGUGCUCUUGCUCUUGACUUUCUGAGCUCCAGGAGAACAUGCUGUGGAUUCAGGGAAGUCCAGGUAACCCAGCAGCAUCAACUCUGGCUGGAAAGGACUGUAGACUUUACAGGCUGUAUGGUCUGUGUCACAGCUGUUAUACUCUGCUGUCAUAGUGAGAAAGCAGCCUUAAAAUACAUGUACAAUAGAGAAUGAAUGGUCAGGGCUGUAAUCCUAUAAAACUUAAUUUACAGAAACAGGCAGCAGACCAUAUUGGGCCUGUGGGCCAUAGUUGGUUUAGUGUUCAUUUUCAAAAUUCAUGGUUUAAAACAAUGGUUGUUAUACUUUUUGGUCUCAGGAACGCUUUACAUUCUUAAGAAUUAUUAACAUUCAGAAGAUACAGAGAUGUCUAAAGAAAUAAAAACAAAUACCUUUGGGUAUUACCUCUCGGAUUUAACCAUUGUUAUAACUGGGCUCCCCUCUCCCCUUAGUCAUGUUAUGUAUCUAAUUUAUAUUUCUAUAACUCAGUGCUUUGUAACUUGCUUUUUUCCCAUACUCAUCUUGCCUAGUUAUUGAUGCCAAAAAUUCACAUCAUUUUUAAUGAAUGCCUAGUAUAUCUUGCAUGAAUAAACCACAG